GUAAUCGUCAUCCAUUGUUUGUUGAUUUCCUUUGCUAUUGAAAUUUUGAUUAUUUAUUUUUGUUGAACAUUUUUUUAUACAUAAUUCCAUUUCUAAUUUUGAAGAUGGCCGAAAGUUCUUCAGCACCGUUAAAGGACAGAUUACAAAAGUUUAAAGAGUUGCAGUUUCGACGAAAAGAAUCACGGAAAUUGAAUUAUCAAGAAGUUGUGGAAGAAGAUCGACGUGCUAAAUUGCCACCAAAUUAUGAAAAGAAAAACAAAUGGGCCCAGUAUAUAAUCGAACAAGAAGAGAAAAAGCAAGAAGCAGCUGCUAAAGGUGAGGAUUAUAAUCGAGUCAAAUUAUUAGAUGUGACAGCUGAGGAUGCAGAAAAAUGGGAAAGAAUGAAGAAAAAGAAAAAUCCAGAUCCUGGAUUUUCAAGUUAUGAAGAUGCUGCGAUACGCCAAUAUGAUAGAUUAACAAAGAAAAUGAAGCCAGAUAUGGAGGCUUACAAAAGGGAAAAAGAAAAAAUGGGAGAAGCUUUUUAUCCUACUAAAGAUACUAUUAUUCAUGGCAUGCAAGAGGACAGCCAAGAAGCCAUUGAUAAUAUGGUUGAAAAUCUCGAAAAAGUAAUAGAAAAGCAUUCUAAAUUUAGUAGAAGACGUCGGUACAAUGAUGAUGCAGAUAUUAAUUAUAUCAAUGAGCGUAAUAAGAAUUUCAACAAAAAGCUGGAACGCUUUUAUGGACAGUAUACGGCAGAGAUCAAACAGAAUCUUGAAAGAGGUACUGCUGUAUAAUGGCUUUUCAACAAUUACUAAAAGUGAAAAAAAGCAUGUAAAUAUGGAUUUUCUGUAAUCUAACUACAACAUUUAAUACAGACGGCCUUGUCUGUUAUAGUGAACAGAGUUACAGAUUGAAAUGUUUUAUGACAUUGAAACAAAUUAUAUCUGUAUAUAUUUUUAUUUGCUAUAUGGUCUUCUUCUUCUUUUUUUUUUUUUUUAUCUUAUACACAUCAUGACUAAAAUAUAAAAUAGACCACAGAGCAUUUGUAGCUUAUUCCUAUGCUUCAAAAGUUAAAAUACAUAAGAAAUUUGAAAGUAUUGUAGAAUUUUUGACUCAUAAAAUAAAAUAAUUUGCCUCUUGUUGAAAAAAUUGUGGAUUUCUAAAUGUAAAAUAAAAUUAGUUAUAUGAA